AUGGUGGUUCCUGUACUCCUACCGCAAUCUUUGGAGUUGUACAUCACCUGGUUGGCUAUUCUCAAAGCCGGCGGAGCAUUUUGUCCAUUGAAUACGGAUGCGCCACCAGAACGCAUAGAAUUCAUUCUACAGGAUGUGGCUGCAACAGUGGUGAUCACACAGGGUGCCUUAGCAACUAGGAUACCCCAAGGGGCCUCGGUGACGGUGAUCAACCCAGACGGAAUCCAGAUAGGGAAAGAGGAAGAACAAACAGAGCAGGCCAUUUCAGACUCCCCCUGUGUCAAUAUCUCUCCCACAGAUCUGGCUUACAUCAUGUAUACUUCUGGCUCAACCGGUCGUCCCAAGGGUGUUGGAAUAUCCCAUCUGGCAGCCACCCAAUCUUUGCUUGCGCAUAAUGACUUGAUACCCCCCUUCAAUCGAUUCUUGCAAUUUGCAUCACCCACAUUUGAUGUUUCUGUCUUUGAAGUCUUUUUCCCCUUCAUGCGAAGGGCAACACUCAUUGGUUCUGAAAGAGAGCAGAUGCUCCUUGAUAUCGCUCAUGUGAUGACUGAGAUGAGUGUGGACGCGGCGGAGUUGACACCUACCGUAGCGGGAGAGUUACUACGAACCCGUGCAGCUGCUCCGUCUCUUCGAGUGCUUCUUACCAUCGGUGAAAUGCUCACCAAGCACGUGGUAGAAGAAUUUGGCCAGUCUGAGCACGCAGAGGGUAUUCUUCAUGGAAUGUACGGUCCCACUGAGGCUGCAAUCCAUUGUACCGCUGCCACUCAGUUUCAGUCUAAUUCCCGUGUCAACUUGAUUGGCAAACCGUUUAAAACAGUAUCUGCAUUCAUCAUGUCCUUAGAAUCAGAGGAGAACUCCAAAUCUUCUGAACUCGAGGUCCUUCCUCUUGGAGAAAUUGGUGAGCUUGUUGUUGGUGGUCCGCAACUUGCGGAUGGCUACAUCAACCGACCAGAGGAGAAUGCCAAGGCCUUUAUUGAAAGUCCUCUAUAUGGUAGACUCUACCGGACUGGCGACAAAGCGAAGAUGUUGCCAGAUGGGAAUAUCGAGUGCUUUGGGCGGAUCUCCAGUGGCCAAGUGAAGCUUCGAGGCCAAAGAAUGGAGCUUGGGGAGAUCGAACAUGUCCUCCUCAGAGCUCCGGAAGUACGAAGCGCCGUUGUCAUCGUGAGUGGAGGUAGUCUAGCUGCAUUUGUUCUGGUAAAUGAUAAAGGUAUCACAGACCGUGGGCUGCGUGAUCUAUGCCGUCAAUGGCUACCUCGAUUCAUGGUACCUGGCGAGUUCAUUCUUGUCGAUCAGUUCCCCCAGCUUCCAUCUGGUAAAAUUGACCGCAAAGGACUGGAAAGCGAGUACACGCGUCAUCGUACUGCUGCACAGUCUGCUGAUCAGCAGUCAUUCCGUGAUGAGCUCGAAGAGACAAUUUCAUCAUGCGUUGCCGAUGCCCUAGGCAGACAACUUUCGUCUACUGAAAGUCUGAUAGCAAGUGGUCUCGACUCUCUCGCAGCAAUUCGAUUGGCUUCACAUUUACUGGAUGCUGGCAUCCGCUUAGAUGUGGCCCAUAUUUUGGAUGCUGAUUCUGUGGAGGGAAUUUGGUAUCUGGCUAAGGAGAUGAUGCAAGCAACCAAGACAACUGAAGAUACACAGACAAGUCUUCACAGGAUCCGCCAACUGGUCAAAGAUGCGGGAACAGCCAGAGCAGACUCUCUGGGAUUGAGUUCACAGGUUAUUGACCUGGAGCCAUGUACCCACAUUCAACAGGCAAUGAUUUUGGAGACAGUUCGAAAUACCAAGGCAUACUGCAACUGGGUUGAACUAGCAUUUCAACCAUCUCUCGGCUUGACUGCUGUUCAAGACUCAUUCAGAGAAUUGCUGGAGCAGAACCCUUUGCUUAAAUCUGGUUUUGUAGAAAUUGGUCUAAAGGAUCACACAUAUGCCCGAUUUACCUGGAAGUCAUUGGAUGAUCAGCUUGUUGAAAGGGAUAGCUUUGGCUUCAAUGUCUCGCUAGUUACCGAAAAUGACCUCCUUCAUCCACUCCAAAUCCAGUUCAAGGAAACAAAGGAGAGAAUCCGAGUCUUGGUCCAUAUUCAUCAUGCACUAUACGACGGAUGGUCCUGGCAACUGAUUCUAAAGGAUCUCCAUCGUAUUCUCCUAGGAGAUGCGAUUCCACCCAAACCUGCAUACAAUAUCGUCUCAGACUUCUUGAUUGAGCACAAACUCAGUGAGGCAACCAACAAGUCCUUGCAUUUCUGGCGUGAUCAACUUCAAGGCUUGUCAGUUGUGUCCUUUCCCGAUUUCCAUGGCCGGUCAAAUGUCACACCGGGUACACGAGAGGCAGUUCGAACGCUGGAUAUUUCCAUGCCCAAGCUCAAAGAUGUAUCACAGCGUCUGAUGGUUAGCCGGCAGUCAAUUUUCCAGGCUGCAUUCUGCUACAUUCUUUCUUGCUACCUCGGGUCGAAAGAAGUGGUCUUCGGCACUGUUUUCUCGGGUCGUACUUUACCAGUCAAAGGUAUUGAGGCCGUUCUUGGACCAUGUAUCCGCACACUACCAACACGCAUGAACCUCAAGAAAAUGCAGAAUGUGUCUGAUCUUCUGCUCGCAAUCCAGAAUAUGAACCGCAAGUCUCUGGAACAUGGCAGUCUACCCCUUCAAGAAAUCAAAAAGGCAUCUGGAAUCCAGCUGCACCAGAGCCUCUUUGAAACCGCCAUUGUCUGGCAAGAAAGUAUCUGGGAGAAUAACACCAAGAAUUCUUUGUUUGAAGAGGUUGAUACUGCAGAGUUCCUCGAGUUUGCAAUUUUGUUGGAGUUCGAACCUAGAGAAGACAGCAUUCAUGCCAAGGCGACCUACCAGAACUCAAUAUUUCCACAUGAGCAGGUGCAGAUACUUCUAGAGCAGGUCGAUCUUGUGGCAUCUAUUCUCAUUGAUUCGCCAACACUUGCGAUUGACGAGAUCGGUUCCCAACUCCCACUCUCAACCUUGUCAAUUUCCAAUCCAAGACCUGGUACUCAUAGGCAUCGCUCGAGCCUAGUUACUGGAGUUGAAACAAUCGCCUUUGUGGAUCCCAAUCGGCAAGCUAUUGAGAUAUUAUCCUAUACAGAUGGAGAUUUUAUCUGCUCAGAUAUCCAGAGAAUCACCUACGGCCAACUGAACUCGCAAGCCAAUCGUCUUGCCCAUUACUUGGUUCAGCAAGGACUCACCAGAGACAACCUGGCGGCUGUAUUCCUCGAGAAAAGCCUUGACUCCUAUGCUUCCAUGUUAGCAGUGGCUAAGAUCGGAGCUGGUUUGCUACCUUUGACUCGUCACGUUUCUCCACAAACAAUAGAGUCAAUCCGGAUAGCUGCAAGCGUGCAACCCUGGGUUAUUCGUUCCUCAAACUUCCAGAUUGAUGCAUUAGCCUCCUUGACAUCACUCUCUCAAAUAUUCCUUCCUGCCUCAUUGAAUGACUUCUCCGACGAGAAUAUUCUUACAACUCACGACUCAUUCUACAUUGUUUGUGCGGAUGAAAGAAAUGCAAACCAGGAAUUGAUUCAACAUGCAUACCUCUCCCAUCACAAUCUGCAAAGCCACAUCAACGUACUCGCAGAUUCAUAUCCUAUAUCAACUGGCUCAAAGCUUCUUCAAGCUGCGCCUUCACCACUGAAUGCUUCCAUCAUCGAAUCUUUUUUCGCCUGGCAUAUGGGUAUGACUCUUUGUCUAGCAUCGACAGAAGACUUGACCAAGAAUCUAAGCCUUGUGAUUGACAAAUUGAAGAUUACUCAUCUUCAUUUGACACCAACGCUGGCCUCUUGUAUAAAUCCGAAAGAUGUCCCUAGCGUGCGAUUUUUGCUCACAUCUGGCGAAUUACUUACGGCCAAAGUGCGUCAAAACUGGGCUGGAGUCGGACUUCACCAUGGCUAUGAUCAUCUUGGUCUGGCAGGUGUUUGCACUGUCAAUCCUUAUGUUGAAAGCUCAACAUCACUUACAAAAAUUGGAAAACCACUGGAAAAUACAUCAGUGUUGAUUCUCUCCGAUCAAGACGAGUUCACUCUUCUUCCUCGGGGUGCAGCUGGAGAGUUAUGCUUUGGUGGUGACCAGGUUGCUCGCAUAUUAUCCGGGUCUCAAGAUGGCAUCAGUGGAGUUUUUGUGGAACACCCGCAAUUUGGUCGAGUAUUUAAAAGCGGCGAUUAUGGUCGACUUCUUUUUGAUGGUUCCAUUUUACUCGUUCCACAGCAGGUAUUACAUGGUGAUUUCCGCAUAUUUGAGGAGAUUGAUCAUGCCAUCAUCACAUCAGAACUUGCCGAGGAUGUAGCAAGUAUGAUCUUGAAUAACCCUAUCACCAACCAGCAGCAGUUGAUUACAGUCUGGGUCCCUUCUGCAGAGAUUCAGAGAUCCUCUCAUGAAGAUCUCGUCAUGUCAAACAAGAGGUUAUUCAUGGAUCUUAGCAAGAAGCUUCCAUCAUCUGCACUCCCUUCACUUCUUAUUCCAAUGCAAGAAUUACCAAUGACAGGAUCUUAUAAGAUUGAUCAUCAAGCAAUUCAGAAGGGCCUUCAGUCCAUGAGUCUGGACAAACUCAAGUCUUUCUCAUUUGACGCUAUCAGUGCGACCGAUGGUGGUCUUACUGACCUCGAGAAAACAAUUGCAGCAGCUCUGGCAGACGUUGUUGGGCUCGACAAGCAGAAGAUUGACAAAAGUGCAUCCUUCUAUAGGCUUGGACUUGAUUCUCUUUCUGCAAUCUCAUUUUCGCGAAAACUCCAGGAAUCAGGUUGUGGGAGACUCGAAGUCUCAACAAUUCUCCGUCAUAGCAGCAUUGCACAGCUCGCUACUGUUGUUCCUGCCAUGGUGAAUGGGCAUCAACCCUCACAGUCUGUUUCAAGAAGCAAUUCUCAAUCCAUAUUUGAUGAAAGCUUUCUUCUUGAAAUUAAACAAGAGAUCGAGGUUGAGAAUACCUCUGUUCAAGGCAUCUACCCGUGUACGCCUCUACAGGAAGCAAUGCUUGCAGCUGACUCGGAUGUCAACUCUGCCUACUUUAACCACUUGUUGCUUCGAGUGAAUAUUCACAUUGAGAUCCUGAAGAGCGCAUGGAUUCAAAUGGUUUCCAGACAUGAGAUUCUCAGGACUAGCUUCAAGCCAACCAAUGACAAGCAGUUUGCAUUCGUGCAGGUAGUCCUAGCAAAUUCCAAUCUCCCUUGGUCUAUCGUCGAGACUUCCUCCAGGGGGUUCAAUUCCGAUGUCGCAAAGAGCAAGUCAGAAUUUGAGCGCCAAUCACCAGUCAGCGGGAAACCUCCCUAUUUUUUGACCAUUUUCACAAAUUCUAGUGGCGAUUCUCAUCUUCUACUGUCGAUUCAUCAUGCGUUGUAUGAUGCCGAGGGAAUCUCACAGCUACUGAAUGAGACUCAGCGUGUUAUUCGAGGCGAUAGACUUCCUCCCACUGCACCAUUUCAUAAAUUCAUCGAAUACAUGGCCUCUGCUGGCACUAACCACUCCAAUCAAUUCUGGGAUCGCUAUCUGGCUGGUCUGUCGCCAGCUCUUUUGUCCUCUCAGGAGCACUCGCAACCCUCGGAAAGCUCAUCGGCCUCACUACAGCUCCAUGUGAAUAUCAGUGACUCUCUCAGCUCUUUCAAGCAGAAAUGCAAGGAACUCUCUGUAACGCCCCUCAAUGUUUUCCAUGCUGCCUGGGCGAGACUUCUAUCAUCCCAUUCAAACUCCACCGAUAUUUGCUUUGGCAAUGUCUUCAGCUGUCGAACAAUUCCGCUCGAAGGUGUAGAUGAGAUUGUUGGACCUUGUUUCAAUACCCUCCCGAUUCGAGUCAAGCUAGCUCCAACUGCAACAAAUGCAGACCUCAUGAGACUGUCCCAGAAAAAUAACAAUGAGAUCCUACCUCAUCAGCUUUCGUCUUUACGUCACAUCCAAAGACGUGUUCUGAAUGGGCAUUCGCAACUUUUCGAUACUUUGGUCAUACUCCAAUCAGGCAGUACUGAUCUAGAUGCUCGUUACUGGGAGCUUCUCCAAGAUGAAGGAAAUAUGGGAUUCCCUCUCAUUUGUGAAAUUAGUCCUGAUAAGGAGCAAGACUCGAUCUCAGUUUGCUUCCAUUUCAACACGGAAUUUUUGACGCAGAGAGUGGCGGAGCAACUUUCAAAGGCCUUUUUGGCUCUCGUGGAGCACACGGUGCAAUAUCCAUCUGCGCAGGCUGCCGAUCGGGGACUGCUUGGCACAGAAGUUCCACAAGUAUUUGAACAGAAGCGAUCUCGCGCAUUGAAAUCUGCUGUAUCUUUGACAAGUCCCAAUACAACUCGACCAUGGUCAUAUCAGGAAGAGGCUCUCCGGGAUAUUCUAUGCAACUUCUCUGGCGUUGAUCAAGAAUCCGUAUCGUUGCAGACCACGAUCUUCCAGAUCGGAUUGGACAGUAUUCAUGCGGUUCAAAUUGCAGGUAAACUGCGCAGACUCGGCUUCAAAAUCUCUGCUGGGGAUAUUCUUGAGGCUGCUUCGAUUGACAAAAUUGCGUCGCUUCUUGAGACCAGUGAGAAAGAGACUAAGGAAGAGAGAUUCGAUUUUACUUCUUUCAAGAAACAGCAUCUUCACUCCGUAUGCGAGCAACUUGGUGUUUCUUCCCGGAGUAUACAGUCUUUGCGGCCCUGUACACCUGUCCAGAAUGGAAUGCUCGCCCUGUUCACUCAUUCCCAGGGAAAGACAUACUUCAACCACAUGUCCAUCAACUCUCCCACGCCAUUGAACGCAAAGCUACUCAAGCAGGCUUGGACACAAGUCAUGGAUCAGCAUGACAUGCUUCGAACUGGAUUUGUUCAAUUGCCCGAUCAGAAGUAUCCAUUUGCCAUGAUCGCCUACCAGAAAGGAACUGAGCUCCCGUGGAACGAGGUGUCCAGCUACUCUUCCGAUAUUGUGAAAAAUCAAGAGCAACAAGUUGUCAACAACUUACAUAGACCCCCAUGGCAAAUUACCAUUGAGUCCUCUGAAACUGUGACCAAAGUGCACUUCUCAGCACUGCAUGCAUUAUAUGAUGCCCAAUCCUUGGAAUCUAUCUUCUCUGAUGUGAUGAAAGCCUACGAAGGAAAUCCGCUCUCUGAGCCGACCUCAAUCGAUGCAACUCUUGGACCAUUAUUAGUUGAAAGCCAAAGGCAGUCUUUAUCCGCUCAAGAAUUCUGGCAAGAACUUGCCACGGAAUUGCACCCAUCCAAGUUCCCUGAUUUGCAUCCUAUUCGCACUGGAACUCAAAAUCUCCUGACAAACUCAACUCGCUCGUCUAAGUCCCUGAAAGCUCUUGAGGCUGGCUGUCAAGACGUUGGUGUCACAUUGCAAGCAGCUGGACAAACAGCGUGGGCUAGACUUCUUGCCGCAUAUACUGGUGAACGAAGUGUAACAUUUGGUACCGUGCUCUCAGGUCGAAAUCUGUCAGCGGAAGCACAGCAUGCUGUCUUUCCAUGCUUAGUGACAGUCCCAUCACCUCAAACAAUCGAAGGAACAAAUCGUGAAAUGCUGAAUCGUACCUUGCAAAGGAAUGCCUCCUUAACCAAGAACCAGUUUACUCCUCUGGCACAAAUUCAGCGCUGGCUUGGAAGUGAUGAGCCACUUUUUGAUACAUUAUUUGUCUACCAGAAAUUUAGCUCACAGUCAAGUGAUGUGAAACCUUGGGAGGUUAUUGAUGAGGAGACGAGAAUUGAUUACCCUGUGUCUAUUGAGCUGGUUCCGCUUUCUUCGGAUCUUGAAAUUCGAAUCAGCUACAGGAGCGAUGUCAUUCCCCAGGAACAUGCCCAAAUCCUACUGGGUCAAUAUGAUAGGCUUCUGGCACAGACUAUAUUUUCUCCGGAGUCAAACUCGGACGAUUAUCUCUUCCUCGAAAAUCAGUAUCUCUCUAUCACUCCCGCCAAAGAAAGGACACUCCCCACAUCUGUGUCUUUGCUGCAUCAAUUCGUGGAAGACAAUGCCAUCAGAAUACCUGAAAAAACCGCCUUCGAGUUCGCAUUUGGUGCUAGUGCAGACAGCCUUCAGAAGAAGAGCUGGACUUAUCGGCAGUUCAAUGAAGAUGGUAACCGGGUGGCCCACUUCCUGCAGAGCAAAGGUGUUGUUCCAGGUGGCUUAGUCGCCAUCUGCUUCGAUAAAUGCCCAGAGGCAUCUAUUGCAAUUCUUGGAAUCCUGAAAAGUGGAUGCGCUUACCUGGCCAUCGACCCAUCGGCUCCAAUCUCCCGAAAGCAGUUCAUCAUGGAAGAUUCUAAUUCCAAAAUUCUGCUUUGCAAUCAGGCAAGAAUGUCGGAGCUUGAGGGUCUGACUGGUGUUGAGAUUGAGGCGUUGGAUGAGUCCGAUAAAUUGGCCAUGCUGGCAUUUCAACGAUUAUUUUCACCACAUUGGGAUGAAGACUCUCGCUGGUUACAAUUCGCUUCAUUCCAUUUUGAUGUCAGUGUUCUUGAACAGUACUGGAGUUGGAGCGUUGGGAUCUGCGUAACCUCAUGUCCACGCGAUCUUCUCUUUGAAGAUCUGACAGGGAUGAUUCAAAAGCUUCAGAUCACACAUAUCGAUCUCACGCCCAGCUUGGCGAGAUUGGUACACCCAGACGAGGUUCCUUCUCUUUGUCGUGGUGUUUUCAUCACGGGCGGAGAAGCUCUAAAGCAAGAGAUCCUCGAUGCCUGGGGUGAGCACGGAGUUAUUUACAAUGGAUAUGGGCCGACAGAAGUCACCAUUGGAUGUACCAUGCUUCCUCGCAUGCGCGCGAAUGACAAGCCCUCUAACAUUGGCCCUCAAUUUGAAAAUGUGGGCUCCUAUGUUCUCCGUCCCGGGACAUCAAUUCCAGUUCUGCGAGGUGGUCUCGGUGAGCUUUGUGUAUCCGGCCCCCUUGUUGGCAAGGGAUACCUGAACCGAGCCGAACUCACAAAGGAACGAUUCCAAGAACUUCCUCAAUAUGGAGAUCGCAUCUAUCGAACGGGUGACUUGGUCAGAAUUCUGUAUGAUGGAAGCUUCCAGUUCCUUGGUCGGAUUGACGACCAGGUCAAAUUACGCGGACAACGACUUGAAAUUGGAGAGAUCAAUGAGGUCAUCAAACAAGCAACACCUGAGGUUAAUGAUGUGGCUACACUGGUUGUCAAGCAUCCAAAACAAUCCAAAGACCAGCUUGUCUCUUUCAUUACCAAGGUCGACGCUCAGAGGAAAUCUCGCCUUGUGGAAAUCCGGGUCUCCGAUGACAAUGGUGGUCUACUGUCAACAUUGAAGGCAGCUUGCCAUACCCACCUCCCAGGAUAUAUGGUUCCGACACAUAUUAUCCCGAUGACCUCUUUCCCUUUGAAUGCAAACAAUAAGGCAGAUAUGAAGGUUUUGAAGAGCCUUUACCAAGAGCUCUCUCUUGAGGAUCUCCAAAAUUUGACUUCGAUGACUACCAGCCAACCCGUGGAAGGGGAUCAGCAAGAAGAGAUCAUUGCCGUACUGGCCAAAUUUCUCGGGCCUAACCAGUCUGACAUCUCAUCGUGGUCGAGUAUCUAUGAGUUAGGCCUUGAUUCCAUCUCAGUGAUUGCCUUCUCUCGAAGUCUUAGAGAAGCCGGUUUCCCUCAGGCCCAGGCCUCUCUGAUAAUGAAGUAUCCUACGGUUGCCGGUAUGGCUUCAGCUCUACAAGCAUUUCCCAAGUCCUCCAUUUCAUUGGAGAGUCUUCACAAGAAUGCAAAGCAAGGCAUUCAGGCCUUCGCUCACAAGAAUUCCCAUUCUGUCAUUGAGAGUCUCCAAUUGAAUGAGAGUGAUGUACAGCAGAUUGCGCCAUGCACUCCUCUACAGGAGGGCAUAAUUUACCACUUCCUCUCCAGCGCCACUCCGAUGUACUGUUCCUCAUUUACAUUCGAGCUGGACUCAGGUGUUGAUCUGGAAAGAUUGAAAGCCAGUUGGGAGCAGGCACAAACCCGUGUGCAAAUCCUGCGAGCCCGGUUCUCACCUUCUUCAGAUGGAUAUGCUCAAGUCAUCCUGAAAAAUGAUGUUCUUCCCUGGUUUCAUAUAGGUGUUGAGACAGAAUCACAGAUUGAAGAUUUCCAAAAGAAGCAGCUGGAUCAGUGGAUUGCAGAUCUUGCUGGCUUUUCUUCGAAGCUCUGGAAAGUUGGGGUGAUCACCUCUUCUGAAAAAUCCAUCAUGUGUCUCAACAUGUUCCAUGCUCUCUACGAUGGCAACAGUUUAGCCCUCCUCCUUGAGAUGGUUAGUGAUAUUUAUCACGGCGAAUUCAAGGAACUGCAGAACACUCCAGAGUUCCUAGAUGUGUUACAUCUUGGACCACUCUGCAAAGAUCCCAGAGCCCAAUCCUUCUGGAAGGAACAUCUUGCUUAUUGUCAGAUCAAACCUGCAUUCAGCCCGGAAGAAAGCCAAGAAACAUCACUUGCGCAAACAGCAACAAUCAGUAGCACCGAUCAUCUAGAUUACCUCAGAAAGUCUCUCAACACCACCGAUCAGGCUAUUCUCCAUGCCUGCUGGCUGCUGACGCUCCAGCAAUUUUACGGCCAUGUCCCUUCACUCGGAAUAGUCACCUCCGGUCGCACAAUUGAUGUUCCAGGGAUCGAAAACGUUGUUGGGCCUCUAUUUAAUACAAUUCCCAGCAAUGUUCAACUUCGUGGUCUUAAGUCUUGGGCAGAGGUUGCUCAACGAUGCCAUGAGUACCAUGUGUCGACUAUGCAAUUUCAAUACACUGCUCUCCGCGAUAUUGUGAAAUGGCUAGGCAAGAGUCCCGAUGAGCCUCUCUUUGAUUCACUCUUCGUUUUCCAGCGAGAGAAGAUUACCAAUAAUGAGAUCCUAUCAAGCCAGCUUUGGAAGCCUAUUGAUUCUGGGGCCGAGCACGAGUAUCCAUUAGCUUUUGAGAUCGUGCGACAUGGCAACACAUCUCUCACUCUGACGCUUGCUUCAAAGAGCCAUGUCAUGUCUUUUGAGACAGCACAGGAAAUUCUCUCCAGAUUUGAGCAAGUCUUAGCUGAGUUUGCCAAGGCCCCCGAUCAUGAACUGCCGUAUCUCAAUGGAGUCACGGAAACAAGCCAUCGCGAGGUGAACGGAGAAACGAACGCAGCGGAGUCUUCACACUCCGGUAGGAAUGAAUCUUCAUUUGAGUGGAGCCCAGAGGCAUGUGCAAUUCGUGACGCUAUUGCAAGCCUUGCUGGUGUAGAUGCUUCUUCGGUCCGCGAGAAAACCUCUAUCUUUGAGGUGGGACUUGAUAGUAUCGACGCCAUCAAGCUAUCAUCAAGGCUGAGCAAGCUGGGCCUCAAGAUUCCCGUGAGUGCCAUCAUGCGCAGUCGAAAUAUUAAGGCCAUAACCAGUCAACUAGCUCUUCCAAACGGUCAUGAACAGAAUGGAACUCAGCCAGUUCUGGGACAAAUGGAGCGGGCUUUGACGGAAUUCCUUCAGAAAGAGAGCCUCUUACCUGAAACUGCCUGUCGAGUUCUUCCUGCCACUCCUAUUCAAGAAGCAAUGAUUACUGAAAUGUUUGCAUCCGAGUACCAGUAUUACUACAACCAUGAAGUUCUCAAACUCGAACCCCAAGUUGAUCUCUCAAGGCUGCAGCAGGCAUGGACGGAUGUCAUCAAAGCCCAUCCCAUUCUACGCACUUCAUUCGUCGAAGUUUGGGAUCCUCGGAUUGCUGCCUCUUACGCUCAGGUCAUUCACAAUGAUAACACUUUCGACCUUCAGACUGUGCAACUGGAAGGGAGAACAAUCGAGUCCAUAAUUGAGGCUCAGCGUAGCAGAGCCAUUACUGAGCUUGCAGAUCGUCCACUCCUGACUGUUACCAUCAUUGUGGAUAGGAAUGGCACUUACCUCGUUCUGUCAAUUUCGCAUGCUCUCUAUGAUGGCUGGUCCAUUAGUCUGUUACACGAAGAUGUUGCUAGAUCUUACUCUGGUGAUGAUUGCGUACGCCCAUCCUCCGAUGCGAUUCUGGAACAGAUUCUUGCUUCAUCGGGUGAUCAGGCUCUCAAAUUCUGGAGAACGACUCUGUCCGGUUGCAAGCCCGCUAUAUUUCCUCCCAAAAAGCACUCAGAACUCGACUCAACUGUCGUUCAUCGAGCAGAAAAACAGCUCUCGGUAUCUUUCAAGAAAGCCGAUGCCUUUUGCAAGCAUCAUGGCAUUACCAUGCAAGCUCUCCUGGUUACCUGUUGGUCUCUUGUUCUAGCUACACAUGUGAAAGAGUUAGAUGUUGUCUUUGGGCUUGUUUUCUCAGGGCGUAAUGUCGCCGACUCUGAGAAUGUGAUGUUCCCGACCAUGAACACUGUUGCUAUGCGGGUUAUCCUCCAUGGCAGCCGUUUGGAACUGGUGAAAUAUGUUCAGGAGACAUUAUUGGAGAUGUCAGAACAUCAACAUUUCCCGCUGCGACGAGCCAGACCUGAUACAAACUCCCGCCAAUUAUUCGAUACUCUUUUCAUAUACCAGAAAAGACCCUUGGAGAAUGAACAAACCGUGCAGAGACUUUACAGUUCCACAGGUGCUGGCUCCUCAGAUGUUGAGUACCCAGUCUGUGCGGAGGUUGAGGGUGUUGGAGAAAGCCUCAUUGGACGAGUGGCUUGUCGGGGAAGUGUUCUCGGAGAAGAGAAUACCCUGGAACUGCUAGAACAGAUCGCACAUGUUCUCUCUUCACUUGUGGAAGAAUCAUCCCAGCAGACAGUUGACUUUAAUGGCGAUGCUAUGAAGAUUUGUGGCUACGGAGUCUCGCCAGGUUCUGCGAAGCACGAGCUGGACUCCAGUAUAUCCCCACCAGUAUCUAGCCAAAGAGAUUGGUCACCUGUUGAGUCAACUAUUCGCAGCGUUCUCUCUGUUGUGUCUGGUGUUCCGGAAGAUAACAUCGAUCAGAAAUCUAAUAUCUUUCAGCUGGGGCUGGACAGUAUUAGUGCCAUCAAGGUUGCAGCGCUUCUGAAGAAGCAGUCAGUGAAGCUGACUGUUACUGAUAUGCUCAAAGCAGGCACAAUUGAGAAGAUGGCAAUAGCAGUGGACAUCAACCACGCAGAACUCACGCCGACAGAAAUCGCCAAUGCCCUUGAGGAGUCGCUGGGGGACAUUCAACCCGGCCCACUUCUUCAAUCCUACGGUAUCAGUAUGGACAAUGUUCAAAAGACAUUCCCCGCUACCGCUGGACAAACGUACUUCCUGGCAAUGCACUCCCUGAACCCGGAUGUGUUCUACCCGGAAUUCUGCUACUUGUCCUCGAAGCCGAUGACUCAAGAAGCUCUUAAUGAUGCUUGGCGCCGUCUCAUAGAGCAGACACCCAUCCUCCGAACAGCUUUCAUUCCCACCGAUAGCCGAUUGGUCCCGUACCUUCAAGUGGUAUUCAAUUCGGUUCAAACCUCAGUUGUCUGGGAUAGUUUCGAUUCUCAGAUCACUGUUGCCAAUGAUAAGUUUGAGUUUGGUCUUGUACCGGUCGCAUUGGAUGCUCGUGAAACCAGCAAGGGGACGGCGCUUACCUUGAAGAUCCAUCAUGCGCUCUACGACGCGAUCAGUCUCCCAUACAUGAUGGAUAACCUCUCUCGACUCUGCGACAAGAACCAGUCCGAGACCAAAGCCAAUCCCCACGACAUCUCACAACUCGUGGCUGUGCAGCAUAUCCAAUCGCCCGUAGAGGUUCGGCGCCAAUUCUGGCAAACCUACCUGGCCAACUCCCCUCAGGGGUGCAUGCAGCAAUCACCGGCGCAUGAGUUCGGCGCCAUCCAGCAUAACUACCGACCGGGACUUGUUUCGAAUAUGUCACAGGUCGAAAUAGCAGCCAAAGAACAAGGCCUCAGUAUCCAAUCCCUUUUCCUCGCGAUCUAUGCGCGCGUGCAUGCCCAGACCUUCUCCGAGUCUGAAAAUCUUGUGAUUGGUUUGUAUCUUGCAAAUCGGUCGUACGUCACGGAGGGACUGUCUGAUCUCGUUGCUCCAACUGUCAAUAUUGUUCCACUGCGUCUCGAUAAAAUUUUCAGGGGUACAGACUCACUUUUCACCGCCGCCCAAAGAAUCCAAGACGAUAUCAAUCUGAUCAGCGGGAUCGCACACGCGGGCGUGUCUCUAGUGGAGAUUUUCGAAUGGACCGGGGUACGCAUCAACACAUGUAUCAAUUUCUUGCGUCUUCCAGAAGUUGACGAGUCCGUUGGCUCUGAUGGGUCGGUGGCGUUCCAAUCUAUCCAGUCCACGGAGCUUGAUCAACGUGAAGAGAUCUAUGGAUCCAAGACUACUCAGUCUCUGACCAAUGGUGACACUGCGUGCUUGACUGGUUCCACGCCAAUGAUUCGGGCCGCUUCUUCGACGGCGGCUAGGAAGGAUGUAUUUUGGCCUACGAUUGAUGUGGAGGCGGCUAUCCGAGACGACCGAUUGGACUUUGGACUUUUUGCACCCAAUAAUCGACUGGAUCGUGAUACUGCUUCCCAUAUGAUUGCCAGAAUCCAGCAGCAGAUGGCAGUCUUGACCAACACUUCCCCCAACACUUCUUCUCCAUAG